CUCCUCCUUCCCGCCGCCGCGCCGAGCACAGCCGAGCGGCUGCAAGAUGGCGGCGCAGCAGCAGGACCGUGGGGCCCCCUCGCAGCCGGCAGGCCCCGCGGCGGAGACCGACCCCUUGAGCCGCUUCACCUGUCCCGUGUGCUUAGAGGUGUACGACAAGCCGAUGCAGGUGCCCUGCGGACACGUCUUUUGCUCUGCAUGCCUGCAGGAGUGCCUGAAGCCGAAGAAGCCUGUCUGUGGGGUGUGUCGCAACGCUCUGGCCCCUGGCGUCCCAGCUGCGGAGCUUGAGCGACAGAUCGAGAGCACAGAGACUUCCUGCCAUGGCUGCCGUAAGAAUUUCUUCCUUUCCAAGAUCCGGGCCCACGUGGCUACCUGUUCCAAAUACCAGAGUUACAUCAUGGAAGGCGUGAAGGCCACCACCAAGGACACGUCCCUGCAGCAAAGGAACGUCCCAAACCGGUACACCUUCCCAUGUCCUUACUGUCCGGAAAGAAACUUUGAUCAGGAAGGACUUGUGGAGCACUGCAAAUUAUCCCACAGCACGGACACCAGAUCUGUGGUAUGUCCCAUCUGCGCCUCAAUGCCCUGGGGAGACCCCAGCUACCGCAGCGCCAACUUCAUGCAGCACAUCCAGCGCCGGCACCAGUUUUCUUACGACACUUUUGUGGACUAUGAUGUGGAUGAAGAGGACAUGAUGAACCAGGUGUUGCAGCGCUCCAUCAUCGACCAGUGAGCAGAGGCUGCUGGCCCUCAUUCCAGAACUUCUGUGUGUUCAGCUCCUCCAUUUGACUUGUAUGACAGACCCAGAAGUGAGCUGCCACAUUGGCUCACAGCCAUCUCUGGUGCGGUUACGGGUCUCAGAGGCAGAGCCCUCCUUUUCCCUGGGCUCUUGCCAAGCUGUCUUCUGCUAAUCCCCUUGUGUGUUGUUUGGUCUGCCCUUCAUUGCUCCUCCAGCUGUCCCUUCACUUGUCCCUCUUGGGUCCUCUCAGCCAGCCAGGGCCAUUCCUGAGUCACAGAUAGCAUAAUGCACUGGGCACUGCCUCUCUGGCCCCAAACCAUGCAAGCUCUGCCAGGCUUGUGUGGGCAGGGCUGAGGCUACCUGGCUGGGUGGUUGACACUGCAGCUGCCAGCAGCUGGACUUGCCACCCCAGGAAACAUCUCAUGAGUCCCCCUGGAGUGGAUGCUCUGGCUUUAGCGUGACUGAUGCUGGCAGUUUUGAUUAGUGAUGUUUUCUUACUCCUCAUGCAUACCCUUAAAUUGACCAGUUUGGUCUUAAAUGCCUGGCAUGGUACCUUUUUAUGACAAGGGGAGACCCUGUAGCUUUAGUGGUGGUAUUUCUAGGCCAGGCAAGUUAGCAUCCAUUUAUCCGUAUGUGGAGGUCAGCUGAGAAAGCUGUGGCUUCUUGGUCCUGACCUUUGCGUUGAUCAGCAUUUUCCAGUGAUGGGUUGUUUUCACCCCUCUCUCUAAGAACUUGCUUACACUGCUGUCUGUGAAACCGGAGAAGGUGUCCUUCAGUGAGAAGGGGGCUGGGGCUCCAGUGGAUACCAGCUCUUUCCUUCCAGCUUGGUAACCGAGAUCCAGCCAAGCCUCGUGCUGCUUCUGCAGCCUGGGCUCUCAGGACACUGGCUUUGCACAUGUCCACCUCGUGUGUGGAGAGAGGCUGUGGGAACACCUGUGUCCCGACAGCAGCCCUGUCCUGAGACACGGCUGUCUGUCUCAUGGACGCCGUCUCCCAGAAGCCUGCUUCGAUGGUAGCUCGUGGAGCUGGAAGUGCAGCGUAACUCGUGUGGACAGACCUGGCUCAUCGCUGGCCACCUCAUGUGGAGGAGCAGAACCCAGGGCUGAACGAGGGGCACCUGGGUUUAGGUCCAGUCUUUGAAGUCCCACAUGUAGUUGAACAGGGAAGUGGUCCAGUGGCUGGGGUUGCAGGGGACAGUAGACUUUGGCCCUCCACAGCCAGGAACCAGCCAAGAUGUGGAGCAAAGUCAUAUUUUUGGAUGUGCUAUUAACUGGGAGGAGCUGAAUGUUAAGAUUAUUUUCUUUGCUGUAAUUUCGGGGGAAUGUUUGCUCAGCCUGAAAUGGUCUGGGUUGCAGUUCGGAGAGGGGGCUGGUAGGCUUUGCGGGCCCUGGAGAGAGCACCCUGCAUCAGUGGAACCUAGAAACUUCUUUUCCUAUAUUAAGUGCACUUCACAUAUUUCUAAUACAAUGGCUUUCCAGAAAGAGACAUUUGUCAUGUUCUGGCUUUUAAAAGGUGAAAUAUAAAUAAAUUAAUUUCAUAAUUUA